UUCCCUCAGCUUCUAGGAACAAAACAAAAAGCAAGUCCUCCUCGCCGCCGCGGAUUGGCCGCCAGGGCUGGGACGCUCUCUUUCUCUUUCUCAGUCAGUCUCUUUGAUUCCUCCUCCUCAGUCUGAGCCUUUCCCGGCCUGGCGCGUUUGUGAGGCGACUUCGGGCCACUUUCCCCUUCUCUCCUCAGUUAAUGCGCGCCAUGGCCGGCCUCCCUUGGCUCCUGUUCCUCUUCUUGGCUUUGCCGCCCGGCCGGGCUUUCAACCUGGACGUGGAAAGCCCCGCUGUUUACUCCGGAGCGGAGGGGAGUUACUUCGGCUUCGCGGUGGAAUUCUUCGCCCCGGAUGGCGCCUCGAUGUCUCUUCUAGUGGGUGCUCCAAAGGCUAACACCAGUCAACCUGGAAUUGUACAAGGCGGCCAGGUGCUAAAAUGUAACUGGAACUCUAACAGAAGAAACUGCCAGCCAAUUGUAUUUGAUACCACAGGCAAUAGAGACUUUGCAGUAAACGAUCCCUUGGAAUUUAAAUCAAAUCAGUGGUUUGGUGCCUCGGUGAGAUCUAAAGAUGAUAAAAUUUUGGCAUGUGCUCCACUGUAUCACUGGAGAACUGAGCAGAAAGCAGAGCGGGAACCUGUGGGAACUUGUUAUCUUCGUGACGGGUCUAAAAUUGUUGAAUAUGCUCCCUGCAGGUCAACAAAUAUUGACGCAGAAGGGCAGGGCUUUUGUCAAGGUGGAUUUAGCAUUGACUUCACUCAGGCUGACAGAGUACUUCUUGGAGGACCUGGUAGCUUUUAUUGGCAAGGUCAGCUUAUUUCAGAUGAGGUGGCUGAGAUCGUGUCGAAAUACAACGCUAAAGUCUACACUACCAAGUAUGAAAACCAGUUAGCAACACGGUCAGCCAGUGCGGCUUUUGACGACAGCUACUUGGGUUAUUCAGUAGCUGUGGGAGAUUUUGAUGGUGAUAACAUAGAAGAUUUUGUGUCUGGGGUCCCAAGAGCAGCAAGGACUUUAGGCAUGGUGUCCAUUUACAAUGGGAAAACCAUGGCAUCCAUGUACAACUUCACUGGAGAACAGAUGGCUGCAUACUUUGGAUAUUCUGUAGCUGCCACAGAUAUCAAUGGUGAUGAUUAUGCAGAUUUACUCAUAGGAACCCCACUUUUCAUGGACCGAGGCUCUGAUGGCAAACUUCUAGAAGUGGGACAGGUGUCUAUUUAUCUUCAACAAGCCUCUGGAGGCUUUCAGAGUCCAGUCAUGAAGCUGAACGGCUUUGAAGUCUUUGCGAGGUUUAGCAGCUCAAUUGCACCUUUGGGGGACCUUGACCAAGAUGGCUUCAAUGACAUUGCAGUUGCAGCUCCUUAUGGUGGAGAAGAUAGGAAGGGCCUGGUUUAUAUCUACAAUGGGAGACCCACAGGUUUGAAUGGAGUGCCAUCUCAAGUCCUUGAAGGGCAGUGGGCCUCAGAGACAAUGCCACCAAGCUUUGGAUAUUCACUCAAAGGAUCUACCGACGUGGACAAAAAUGGCUAUCCAGAUUUGGUCGUGGGAGCUUUUGGUGUUGACAAAGUUGCUUUAUAUAGGGCCCGGCCAGUCAUCACUGUAACUGCUGUACUAGAAGUUACACCGGCAAUUCUAAACCCAGAGGACAAAUCCUGUGAAGACAAUAACCAGAAAUUUUCUUGUUUCACAGUGAAGUUCUGCUUGAAAGCUGAGGGCAAAGGAAACCUUCCCAGGGAGCUCACUUUCCAAGUGGAGUUGCUGUUGGACAAACUGAAGCAAAAAGGGGCCAUAAGAAGAGCCCUGUUCUUUCACAGCAGGCAAUCUGGUCACUCCAAGAACAUGACGGUGCCAAGAGGAGGUCGGAUGCGUUGCGAAGAACUUCAGGCUUUCUUGAGGGAUGAAUCUGAAUUUAGAGACAAGCUUACGCCGAUCACCGUCUUUAUGGAAUAUCAACUAGAUUACAAAACGGCUUCUGAUUCUACUGGUUUACAGCCCAUCCUAAACAUAUUUACUCCUGCAAAUAUUAGCAGACAGGCUCAUAUUCUUUUGGACUGUGGUGGUGACAAUAUAUGCCAACCAGAUUUGCAAGUGACUGUUGACAGUGAUCAGAAGCAGAUCUAUGUUGGGGAUGACAACCCUUUAACUCUCAUCAUCAAUGCCCAGAACCUUGGAGAGGGAGCCUAUGAAGCUGAACUUUUUGUCACUGUCCCACCUCAAGCAGACUUCAUUGGCAUCGUUCGCAACAGUGAGGCUUUAGCAAGACUCGCAUGUGCCUUUAAAACCGAGAAUCAAACUCGGCUGGUUGUCUGUGACCUUGGAAAUCCUAUGAAAGCGGGAACAAAGCUCUCAGCUGGUCUUCAUUUCAGCGUUCACCAAGAAUCAGAGAUGGACACCUUUGUGAAGUUUGACUUACAGAUCCGUAGCUCAAACCUGUUCAACAACGAAAGCCCCACAGUCUCAUACCAAGUGGACUUGGCCAUCUUAGCAGCGGUAGAAAUCAGAGGGGUCUCUUCACCUGAUCACAUCUUUCUUCCAAUUCCUAACUGGCAACCCAAGGAGAAUCCAGAAACCGAAGAUGACAUUGGGCCCCUGGUUCAACAUAUCUACGAGCUCCGAAAUAAUGGCCCAAGUGCCUUCAGCAAAGUGAUGCUCAACCUUCAGUGGCCUUACAAGUAUAACAACAAUACUCUUCUGUAUAUUAUCAAGUAUGAAAUCGAAGGACCCAUGUCCUGUACCUCUGAUAUGGAGAUUAACCCACUAAAAAUAAAGAUGUCAGCUUCAGAAGAAGAUGAAAAGAAUGAAACAAUUAAUGGGGAAAAUACCAGGGAUCACCACAUCAACCGGAGAGACCUCAGUGCUGCUGAGGGAGAUGUGCAAACUUUGGGCUGUGGAACUGCUGAAUGCUUGAAGAUUGUCUGCCAAGUUGGUCGCCUGGAGAGGGGGAAGACUGCUGUUCUGUAUUUAAAGUCUCGCCUUUGGACUCAGACUUUCAUGAAUAAAGAAAACCAGAACCAUUCCUAUUCUCUCAAGUCGUCGGCUUCUUUCAGCGUCAUUGAGUUCCCCUACAAGAACCUUCCCUUCCCUGAAGAUGUCCACAACUCUACAAUAGUUACCACAAAUAUCUUGUGGGGCAUUCAACCAGCACCCAUGACAGUGCAAGUAUGGGUGAUUAUACUAGCUGUCCUAGCAGGAUUAUUACUUUUAGCACUUCUCGUCUUUGUAAUGCACAAGGUGGGUUUCUUCAAACGUGUGCGGCCGCCUCAAGAAGAGCAAGAAAGGGAACAGCUGCAGCCUCAUGAAAAUGGGGAAGGAACCUCAGAAGCUUAAGCAGUGUUUUAGCUGUGUCAUUUGCCAACAGGUUUAGAAUGAUCCACGUCUUCCUGUAAAAAUGUGUAUGUUCUUCCUUGAGGGACAGACAGUCCAGCACAGCACUGCGAAUUUUUUUGACAUUGACAAUAGUCUGAAAUUAACUCCAAAAUGACAGCCGUAUAUUUAGCUUCCAGCAUAUUAAUCAUGCUCACAGAUAUGACUAAUACCAUGCACUGAUGAACCUAUUUUAGUGUCACCGUUUUGCUUAUCUAGCUUGAGAAGCAGAAGGUGGUGUUUUUAGUUUGUUGAUCGAUUGAACUUGAACUGCUACAGAGUUUCCAGAUCUUUCAGAAAUUACAUUUUUUUAAUGAACUACAUGGAUACUAAUUGAAUGCUACAACUGAACCUCCCUGAAAUAAUCAUCAAUUCUGUAAAGCACCACUACAUGUUUGAACUGGAAGUAUCUAACGCUACAAAACAUACAAUGAAUUGUUGCACAGAUCUGCUUAAGCUGUCUCUUUGGUGAUGGAAGAGGAAACAAGAUAUCAAUUUAAAGCGUGUAUAGCCACUUCCUUGAGUCUAUCAUAUGGAAGAUGUCUUGCGAUUUUCAAGACAGAUGCUCUAGUUCUGCAUGACAUCAGGGGACUGACUCACAGCUAUUUCCUGGUACCUUUUCCAAACUCUCAAAAGUACUCUCAAGUUAGUAAGGUUCACUGGUGGCCAGAAUUUGCAUUGAGAAUAAUGUAUGUGAAUUAAGUAUAUUUGCUUGCCUUUACUUUGCAUAAUUUACGUUCCAGAAUCCAGUUUUGCACUGAAUGACAAGAACCUCAAAUCUUGGAACUCUGUUGAGGUUUAGAUGCUGAAGGCCCAUAAGCUGGUACUCCUGAAAUAGAAAGAAAGAAGAAAAAAGAUGUUUGUGUGAGAGUAAGUUGUAAUCCUGGAAAUUGUGCAGAGCAGUGAAACCCCUUCCUUUAGCUAUUCAAACUGAGCAUGGAACAUUUCCUUUUUAAAAAGACUACAAUUUCCAGAAGCUGCCUUCUUUUCAGAUUUUUUAAAAGAAAGUAAAAAUAUUUAGGCAGCCAGUGCUUGGGUAUUUUAUUCACAAGGAAACAGAAGAUGAAAAUAAAACUACAGUCUUGGGAACUGAGGGAAAACCUAAAUGGAGAGCAUGGCUUGAUAAAAAUUACAACUCCCAAAAUCCUCCGGAGGGCAUGACCACUGAGAAUGCUUAGUAGGAGGUGUCGAAAGUUACAGCACAAGUCUUUUUCCCAACCUCUGCUAGCCAGGUGGUGAGAUAAGUUACAUGCUUCUCAGUGUGACCCUAUAAAGAGAUAAAUGGAACACUAACUCGUGAAAGAAAUAUUGUUUCCGCUCCAUGAUUCCUACAUGAUGAGAUUUGCCAGCUUGUAACUAAUGGCGUCAAAACUUAACCUCAGGUGAAAUUGUUGGGAAGUUUGACAAGAAAGUUAAAAAUCUUCAGAAAGUGAAAGCAAUAAAAAUUAAGGAAAACAAACAAAAUAUUCCUGAACACCUCCAUAGACCACUUGAGUCUCACCAAGAAAGAACUGUCAGGAUUGCUACAUAACCUUUAUCAUGUAUAAAAGGUCUACCAUUGAUUUCUAAGAUUGUGGAAGGCAGUCUUACUUUUCCUGGUAUCAUUGCCAGGAUUUUCUCUUAAGCCUAAGGUCUGAUUUUGUGGUUAAAGAAUGUGAGCAUUGAAGUCAAGUGUGGGAAGGUGAUUGUAAAGCCUCCAUUCAGAGGUUUGGUUUUAGGUACCAUAUAUACUCGGAUAUAAGCCGGGUUUUUCUAGCCCCUUUUAGGGCUGAGAAAGCCCCCCCUUGGCUUAUACUCGAGUGAGGGUCCUGGCUGGCUUAUAUUCAGGUCGGCUUAUACUCGAGCAUAUAGAUAAUCAGAAUUGGGCAGCCUUAUCUUAUUAAGGUCUUAUCGUUAUCUUAAAUUUCAGUUUUAUGUAAACAUUCAAAAACAGAUACCUCAAUUAAUAUAAUUUUAUUGGUAUCUACUUUUAUUUUGGAAAUUUACCAGUAGCUACUACAUUUCCCACCCUCAUCUUAUACUUGAGUCAGUUUUUUGUGACAAAAUUAGGUGCCUCGGCUUAUAUUCGAAUUGGCUUAUACUCAAGUAUAUACAGUACUCUGCUUUUUCAUCCAAUUUAAAAUAGCUAUUUAUUGGGAGAUUGUAAGUAUAUGCCAUUUGUAUAGAACUAAAACAACUGUGGAUGGACACUAUAAAACCUAAUGUGUGCCAGACAGAUCAACUGCCAAAAUUUAUGUUCGGCUACUUAUCAAAGUUUUUUGGCUCUCUAUCAGUGGGAAAUGGAGUUUUUAGAUAAUAUUCUGUACAAUGCAUAUGAGAAAAACACAGCUGGUCUAAGUUGCAGUUAGAGCUUGGGAAAAUUACUUUCUUGGACUCAAAGAAAAUACUUUUUCCAAGCCCUGGUUGGAAUGUUAUUUUGGGUCUAGUGUGCACAUGGACAUACAUAAUGUGAUAUUGUGUUGUUGGAUGCUGUAGAUUUAAUGGCUUGUGGUUGAGAAUAUGAAUGAUCAAUCAGCAUUGGGUUUGGAAUGAUGCAAGGAGAUAUGAAUGUUCUUUCCUUAAUGACAGAUCUGUGAUGAUUCUUCCUUUCACUCAGACCAGUCAUCAUUUGACGUUGUGGGUACCAAACGACAAGCUUUAGAAAUAUACAAACUUUUUGUUUCCAUGUGGCUGCAAGUAGCACUUUUCUGCAUAAAUGCCAAUUGUUAGAAGACAUGAACUUCCAAAUGCAAAAAGCAAUAUGCUAUGUAAUGUUUCAUCCUAAAUUAACUGAUGUUUUUAUGAUGUGCCAUAUGUUCUUCCAUCUAGGCCACUGACACUGUAAUCCUAUGUAAAUAGUAACCUAGUUUGUCUUCUCAAUGACAUUUUUCUUUGAUAUCCCCCCAAGCAAUGAAGAUGUAAAUAUUUUUUAAGGAAAAAGACACAGAAUUAAAUAGACUGUCUUUUAUACCGAAUAUUUUCACAGAAAGAAAAUAUUUUUAUAUAUUGUGCAGGGUAGAAACGAAUGCAUCGAAAAGGUGCCAAGAGAAAAUGACCCUUUCAAAAAAUUAGUAUUUUUCUUCCUAAUUUUAUUGGUCUGUAUAAAACAUGUUUGCCCAUAAGGAUUCCGGCUAAAAUCCUACAUCACUGACUUAGCUAAGAAUGCAUAAUUUAAGUAUAGUUUUCUAGCCUGAUCCCUCUGAAACCUAUCUUAGCAUCCAGCAGCUGCACUAAGCGACCUACGUCUAUUUUCCUAGUGAUUGAGGUUCAUCAGGAUGGCAAUUCUAAACUAUAGCCAGGGGGAUUUGCAAUGGCAAUUGGGGUUGCAAUAGAUCUGCUACUUCAGAAUUGUCACCUUACUCAGUUGUAAGAGGAGGUUGGAAACAUCCUCCUGCUAGUCAGUAGCAGAACAGACUUGCCUGCUGGAGUUUAAGGUGGUAUUUGGGGAUGAGAGUAUUAAUAUCUGUGGCAAUAGUGCCACUAUCAUGAAUACAUAGGUAAAGGUAAAGGUUUUCCCCUGACGUUAAGUUUAGUCGUGUCUGACUCUGGGGGUUGAUGCUUGUCUCCAUUUCUAGUCCGAAGAGCUGUCAUUGUCCAUAGAUGCCUCCAAGGUCAUGUGGUUGGCAUGACUGCAUGGAGCGCCAUUACCUUCCCGCCAGAGCGGUACCUAUUUAUCAACUCACAUUUGCUUUUUUUCGAGCUGCUAGGUUGGCAGAAGCUGGGGCUAAUAGUAGGAGCUCACACUUCUCCCCAGAUUCAAACUGCCGACCUUUCAGUCAGUAAGUUCAGCAGCUCAGUAAUUUAAUCUGCUGUGCCACGGGGGCUCCUCAUGAAUACAUAGUGCAACUGAAUAUGGAGCAAUAUACAAAGGGAUCUUGGAGCACCUUGUGGGGAAUAAAGUUGGUAGCAUCGGAGGAAGUAGGUUUAGUCUGCAAAGACGUAUGCUACCAACUUCGUACUCUGAAUUGGUCUGUACAAGUUCCAUGUUUUCCAUUCUGGGUGAUAAUGUAGUUUGGGAAGGGUUUUGCAGUUUGAGAGGCAUAAUUUAAAUCAGUAGACUGUGCCAAACAAAAAUAAUGGAUUCCUUAAUUAUCAAAUGAUGGACCCAACAUGACAUAGUUUGCAUGUUGGACUAUGACUCUGGAGAAUAGGGCCUAAGACAGUGGUUCUCAACCUAUGGGUCCCCAGUUAUUUUUGGCCUACAACUCCCAGAAAUCCCAGCCAGUUUACCAGCUGUUAGGAUUUCUGGGAGUUGAAGGCCAAAAUAUCUUGGGACCCACAGGUUGAGGACCACUAGCCAGGGGUCACCAUAAGUCAGAAAUGAUUUGAUGGCAUGCAACAACAAAAAUGAAUAAACCAACUACAUAUAUGCAGUACUUUGCCAAAGACAAAGCAUUGUGAGGAAACUAUUCUUACUGUGGGGCAUUUAAUUUAUUUAAUAAGUUUCAUCAUUGCCCUUCACCUCAGCUUACAGUAAAGCCACGAAUUCCAUAAAAUACAGUUUGAAACAAAAACUCAAGCAAAAUGGAUAAUAAUUACACAAAUAGAAAGCAAUCGUCAAAAAUGAAAGAGUACCUUUAUUCUGUAUGAACGCAUAAUAACAUUAUCAUUUUCCCCUCCAGUUUAUUGAAAUCCAAUCAGGAGGGCCUUUGCAUUAAAUGUAUGUCUUGAUAUCCCGGUAAACACGUCUUGCUAUAUUUUGGGGCACGAUAAAAGUGGCAAAAUCUGUUUUGCACAAAUGACAGUGGGAUUUAUAAAUAAACAAAUAAACAAGCAGAUGAACAAGAAA